GUCAAAGUAGUGCGUCGAACUGCAUUUCCCGAGGCACUCCUCUUGUACUUCCGGUGAGGGGUCGGCUGAGUAGAAAUAGGAGAGGAGACUACAUUCCCCGUGGUGCCUCGGUGCCACUUCCGGUCCGCCGGCCUUUCCUCUCCGCCAUUUUCCCCCUCACAGCCGCGGAGAUGCUGAGGCGCGUCUUGGCUCGGCGGGGCCAGGCCUGCCUUUGGAACCCGAGCCCCGCGCCGCUCCUGGCGGUCCCUUCUCGAGGCCGCAAGUCCCGCACGGACCCUCCGGCCAAGUCCAAAGCCGGGCGGAUCAAAGUGCCGCCUCCGGUGGACCCGGCCGAGCUGUUAGUGGUCGCCCAGCGCUACCGACAGUAUCGGCAGACCGUCGGGGCCAUCAGGUGAGCGGGGGUUGGGCGGAAGCGCUGUCAGUUACGGAGCGCGGCCAAUCAGAAGCGUCGUUGGGCUGUAGGGCGGGGCAAGGUCUUCUAACCUUGAAUCCCGGCAUGCUGAUCACUGAUUGGGCGGGAUGGCUAUCAAUCACGGUAAGGGACCAAUCAG